CUCCAGGGACGCUUCAAGUUGAAGGGGAUGUACCAAGAUGGAGACCUUAUCAUUGGGGGCCUGUUUGCAUUUCAUCUCAUCACAGUGUUCCCAGUAUUGAACUUUAAAAGCGAACCGGAACAGUCACAUUGUGAGCGAUUCUAUAUGGCAAGUUUCCAGCAGGCACAAACUAUGGUAUAUGCCAUAAAUGAGAUCAAUAACAAUCCUAAACUGUUGCCUAACAUCACACUCGGUUAUCAUCUGUAUGACAACUGUGUGAAGCUUGGACUGGCAUUCAGGUCUGCAACUGCCCUGCUUAGUGGGACAGAUGAGAUUGUUUCCAAUUUUAACUGUACUGGCCCUCCUCCAGUAAUUGGAAUUGUGGGCGAUCCUGGAUCUACUCACUGUAUAGCAAUAUCCAGUGUGCUGGGACUGUUUCGAAUACCUAUGGUUAGCUACUAUGCCACCUGCUCAUGUUUGAGUGACAGGAAAAAGUACCCCUCUUUCUUCAGAACAAUCCCCAGUGAUGCCUUCCAGGUGAGGGCUAUGAUUCAGAUUUUGAGGCAUUUUGGAUGGACUUGGGUUGGUCUUCUCUACAGUGAUGAUGACUAUGGCAUCUAUGCCGCUCAGUCCUUCCAAAAGGAAGUGCAGAUUUUUGGAGGUUGUGUUUCUUUUUCUGAAAUCUUGCCUCUUGAUAACAACCACGUAGACAUCCAGCGCAUUGUACAAGGGAUUCAGGCCUCUACAGCAAGAGUGGUGGUGGUGUUCUCCACAGAAGCCUAUCUGCUGCCUUUGAUGGAUGAGGUGGUAUUGCAGAAUGUAACAGGCAGGCAGUGGAUUGCAAGUGAAGCUUGGGCCACCUCAUCUGUGUUUCACACUCAGCAUCUUUUGCCCUUUCUAGGAGGCACUCUGGGCAUUGCCAUCCGUCGAGGAGAGAUUCAGGGACUUCAGGAAUUUCUGCUACGCCUCCAUCCUGACAGCAAUUUGAGAAAUAAUAUGGUGAGAAUCUUCUGGGAGAACAUGUUUGGGUGCACCUUUGACACUGGAGGUAGAGAGGGAGAGAAAAUGUGUACAGGACAGGAAGAUUUAAGCAGCACAGAAACAGCAUACAGUGAUGUUUCAGAGCUGAGGGCCUCAUAUAAUGUGUAUAAGGCAGUUUAUGCCCUGGCACAUGCGCUUCAUGACCUGAUGCAGUGUGAGGAGGGGAGAGGACCAUUCAGUGGGAACAGAUGUGGCGAUAUAACAAACCUUAAACCCUGGCAGCUGGUUCACUACCUACAGAAAGUGAACUUCACCACAGACUUUGGGGAUCAUGUGUCAUUUGAUAAGAAUGGAGAUGCUCUGGCCAUAUAUGAUGUGUUGAAUUGGCAGCGAAACUCUGAUGGGUCAAUAAUUGCUCGAACGGUUGGUGUGGUAGACGAAGGUGCAGCAAGAGGGAAGCCUCAACGGUCUGUGUGCAGUGAGAGCUGCCCCCCAGGCACAAGGCGAGCCAGAAGGAAGGGCCUUCCUGUCUGCUGUUUUGACUGCCUGCCAUGUGCAGAUGGAGAGAUUUCUAAUAUUUCAGAUUCCAUUGAGUGCACAGUGUGUCCAGAUGAGUUCUGGUCCAACCCAAAAAAGGAUGAGUGUGUCCCGAAAGAAGUGGAGUUUCUAUCCUAUGAGGAACCUCUGGGCAUUUCCUUAAGCACUGCUUCCUUGCUUGGCACCUUCAUCUGUUCUGCAGUAGUUGUCAUAUUUGCACAUCACCGCCAUACUCCAGUUGUGCGAGCUAACAAUUCAGAGCUCAGCUUUCUGCUGCUGUUGUCACUCAAACUAUGUUUUCUGUGUGUUCUACUGUUCAUUGGCCGGCCUCAGUUGUGGACAUGCCAGUUAAGACAUGCUGUAUUUGGUAUAAGUUUUGUCCUGUGCAUCUCCAGCAUCCUGGUGAAGACUAUGGUGGUUAUAGCCGUGUUCAAGUCAUCUCGGCCAGAGGGCAAAGGAGCAAUGAAAUGGUUUGGAGCAGCUCAGCAAAGGUGCACGGUUCUGGUCCUAACAGCUCUCCAGGUUGUAAUAUGUUCAGUCUGGUUAUCAAAUGCAUCUCCAGUACCCCAUAAAAAUAACCAGUAUACCAGUUCCAAAAUAGUAUUUGAAUGUACUAUAGGCUCAGUGGCUGGUUUUUCCAUGCUACUCGGCUAUAUUGGCCUUUUGGCAGCAGUAAGUUUCCUGUUAGCCUUCCUUGCGAGAAAUCUGCCAGAUAAUUUUAAUGAAGCAAAGUUCAUCACUUUUAGUAUGUUGAUCUUCUGUGCUGUGUGGAUUGCAUUUGUUCCAGCAUUUGUGAGCUCACCAGGGAAAUAUGCAGUGGCUGUGGAGAUAUUUGCAAUACUGGCUUCCAGCUUUGGAUUACUGGUUGCCAUAUUUGCUCCAAAGUGCUACAUCAUUAUUGUACACCCAGAAAGAAACACUAAAAAAGCCAUCAUGGGAAGAACAAACUAA